UGGACUCCGUUGAUUUCUUUCCGAUUUCUUUCCUCCUCAGAAAGAGAGAGAGAUAUUUUAGGGUUUAUACUUUAUUGAGCGAGAGAGACGAAAUCACACCCGAAAUCUUCGAUGGGUUCGCGAGAAAGGGAGCUGACAACGGCAGCUCCACCGUCUCAUCACCUGAGUAGUCUUGUUGUUCGUCCUGAUGAAAGUGGCGGUGGUGGUGGUGGUGGAAGUGAUUAUGAACCUGGUGAGGUUCGUCGUGAACCUCCUCCUUCUUCUUACUCACGAGGUGGUGCUCCUGAUCGAUUCCACCAUGAAACUUCUGGAAAUGGGAUUCGUGCAAGUUCUGGUUCACCUUUGAGUCGUAGGAAGUUUGACCAUCACCCUAGAGCUGACUAUGAUAGUUCUGGCACAAUGAACAUUGGCCGUGGAUUCCGAGGUGGUAGGGGUCCUGGUAGAUUUCGAGAUUCUUCGCCACCUUAUGGGCGAGGUAGGGGUGGUGGUGCUAGGUUCUCUGGGAGAGACUUCGAUGGUCCCAGGAGAGACUUCGAUGGUCCCAGGAGAGACUUCGAUGGUCCGAGAGACUUCGAUGGUCCAAGGAGAGACUUCGAUGGUCCCAGAUUUGGCUCUGGUCCAUUCAGAGGCGUUGAAGGUGGUGUGCUCAGAAACAAUCCAAAUGUUCCCCCAAGGGAAGGAGAUUGGAUUUGUCCAGAUCCCUCAUGCGGCAACUUGAACUUUGCACGCCGCGAAUACUGUAACAAGUGCAAUAGACUGCGUAUUGGACCUCGUGAUGGUAGUCCGCGAAGAAACUAUCAAGGCCCACCACGUUUCUCAGGCUUGCCAGCAGAUGGUUCUCCAGUUCGAGGAGGUCCAAAUGGGUUUAAUAGGUCGCCACCACCUCGUUCUUGGGGCAGGGAUGGUCCUAAAGAAUUUGGAGCUGGUCUCCCCCACUCAAGACAUGGAGGAGGAAGGUUUCCAGAUAACCAUGUUCGACGAGAGAGACCAGAUUAUCGUGAUGAGGAUGACUUCAGGGAUAGGGGAAAGUUUGAUAGGCCUAUGCCCCCUGACUGGAACCAUAGAGACAGAGGAAGGGACACUUUUUUCAAAGAAAGACGUGGAGGACUCAAUGUGAGGAACGAGAGGAGGCCUCUUUCACCACCACCACCACUUCCUCCACAUCGUGCUCGUUUUGGACGUGAUAUCAGAGAGAGAAGCCGAUCUCCACUAAGGAAUGGAGCACCCACAGAUUACCGCAGAGAUUCGUACGUGGGUAGAGGUGGCAGAGAUGCUCGAGUUGGUGGUAUGGGGCGAGGUCAGGUUGGUGAUCAUCCGUACUAGGUGUUGGAGGUUAAAAGAUAGUUUACUUUUUCAUCUUAAAAAUUUGUUUGGUUCUGUCAAGUUUUUCUGAGAGGAGGAUAGAGAGGGAAUGUGGUGGAGUGUGAGAGGAAGUCUGAGUAGGAAGUAGUGUAUUCUCACUUUAAUAUUUUUUUUUGCUUGUAUUUUUUUGUUCUAUGUGGUCCUGUGUAGUGGUAAAAUUUGUCAAACCAUGUAAAAAAUCUUUUGCUCUUGGUGAUAUUCAAGUCUUCACCACCA